CGGUCUCAAUGCCGUGCCUUCACCCCAAGGCGGUGGAUUGCUCGGUGGUGACAUUGUGCCCCCGAAACGCCAACAGAUGUUCGAACGUUUACGGCGCCGCAUGGAAAGCUAUCGACGUCGUCAAACCGAUUGUGUGCCACGCUAUGAACAGACCUUCAGCACAGUGUGCGAGGCGCAGAAUCAUGAGACGAGUGCACUGCAGAAACGUUUCCUCGAGAGCAAGAAUAAACGAACGGCCAAAAAGACGGAAAAGAAGCCCACAGAGAGUGCCACAACAAUGUUGUCCAGUAAUCUGCAAAGCAGUGUACAUGUGCAACAAAAGUUCUUAAAACGACCCGCUGACGAUGCCGACAAUGGUGCCGAAAAUUUCGAACCGCCUCACAAAUUGCCCAACAACAAUAACAACAAUUCCAAUAAUAGCAAUAACAACAACAACAAUGGCUCAGAGAAUCUAAAAUUCUCUGUGGAAAUUGUCCAGCAAUUGGAGUUCACCACCUCGGCGGCCAAUUCUCAACCCCAACAGAUUAGCACCAAUGUCACAGUGAAGGCCCUGACCAAUACCUCCGUUAAAAGUGAACCGGGUGUAAGUGCCAGUGGUGGUCCGGGUGGUCCAGGCACUGGUGGUGGAGUCGGAGGCGGUGGCGGCGGCGUUGGUCCCCAGGGUGAUCCACAACAUAAUGGUAACAACAGCAACAAUCACGGCGGCAUGCAUAUGGGCAGUGGUGGCGGCAAUGCUACAAAUCUAAUGGGUGGCCAUAACAUGAAUGCAGCUCAGCAGCAACAACAGAAAUCCAACAAUAUGGGUGGCUUAGGCAAUUUGGUGGAGUGUAAACGUGAGCCUGAUCAUGAUUUCCCCGAUUUGGCCGGUUUGGAGAAGGAUGGCGGUCCGAAUAGUAACUUUCCCGCCUUUCCCGAAUUCAUGGGAGACGACGGCGCCGUCGGCAACGAGACCUUCAAGGAACUCAUCAAUGACUUGCAAGAUUUCAAUCCUGGCUUUUUGGAUGCCCUUGACGAGAAACCCUUGAUGGACAUUAAAACCGAGGAUGGCAUCAAGGUGGAACCGCCCAAUGUCCAGGCCUUGAUUGACAGUUUGAAUGUUAAAUCGGAAAAUGCCAUGGCCCAGUUCAAUGCAGCAUUUGGCGGUGGUGGUGGUCCAAAUUCCGGUGGUCCCAAUGUCGGCCCGGGAAUGGGUGGUCCCAUGGGUGGUGGACCUGGUGGUGGUGGUCCCAACAACGAUCCUCAAGGCAUGAAUAAAAUGCGUUCCCAGUUCCAAAAUGGUCCCAACUCGGGACCCAUGUCCGAAUUAUCGCUUGCCGCCCAAACGCUGAAACAAAUGGCCGAACAGCAUCAACACAAGAAUGCCAUGGGUGGCAUGAAUUUCCCACGACCUCCCAUGCAUCAGGGGCAACAGAAUCAAAUGAUGGGUGGCGGCGGUGGUGGUGGACCCAAUGGCCGCUACAAUGAUUAUGUGGGUGGUUUUGGGGGACCCAAUGAUUUUAUGCAGGGUCCUAAUGGUCCGCAGCAACAUCCGCAACAUCAAAAUAUACCACCACAAUUCCAGCAGAAGGGUCAAGCGGGUGCUGGUGGUCCCAUGGGUGGCAAUAAUGUACAGCAACAGUCCUUCUUGGAUAUCAAACAGGAGCUCUACUAUUCCUCACAACAGAAUGAUUUCGAUCUCAAACGUCUUCAACAUCAACAGCAAAUGCAGCAGCAGCAACAACAACAGCAGCACAUGUCGCAAGCCAAAAUGGGUGCAAUGGGUCCCAACGGACCCAUGGGUGGAGGGGGUGGUGGCGUCGGUGUGGGUAAUUUCCCCAAACCAAAUGGUCCUGGUCAGCAGCAAUCUCAAACACAAAAUCCCACACAACAACCACAAUACUCGCCCUACAAUUCUGGCAUGGGUCCGGCCGGAGGUGGUCCUGGUGGACCGGUCGGUGGUGGCGUCGGUUCCCAGGGACCAAAUGCGGGACAAAACUUUAUGCAAGGCCCCGGACCACGUGGUGGCCCGGGUGUUGGCGGCGGUUUGGGACCAAAUCAAGGUGGCCCAUCAAAUGGUCCACCCAACAUGUCACCAGUCCAACAGUCGCAACAGCAACAACAGCCACAAAAUGCCAAUGCCCGUGGGCCACAACAGAAUGCACCGAAUAUGGCGGGACCAAAUGCCAAUAAUCAAAAUGGUCCAAAUUCGGGUCCCAAUCUAAAUGGUCCGGGCAAUGGACCCGCUGGUCAGCAGGGUAAUCCAAAUAUGGCACAACAACAGGCACAGCAGCAGCAACAACAACAGCAGCAGACGACAACAACAACGUUGCAAAUGAAACAGACACAGCAGUUGCAUAUUUCACAGCAGGGUGGCGCUCACGGUAUUCAGGUCUCUGCUGGACAACAUUUACAUCUCAGCGGUGAUAUGAAAAGUAAUGUGUCGGUGGCUACGCAACAGGGAGUGUUCUUCAAUCAACAGCAGCAGCAGCAACAACAACAGCAACAAAAUACUCAAAAUACUCAGCAACAGCAAACGCCUGGCAGCAAUGCCGGUGGUCCCAAUGGCCAACAGCAACCUCAACAACAACAGCAGCAGCAACAACAACCAAAUCAAAAUAUUAACAAUAAUAACGGUGCUUCCGAUGGUGGCUUUAGCAUGUCACAAACACAGUCCAUGAACUUCUCCCAACAACAAUCACAAAAUCCUGCAACAGCUGGCGGAGGACCCCAGCAGCAGCAACAACAACAAGUACCGCCAAAUAUGAGACAGCGACAAAAUCAAAACCAAAAUCCAGCAGCGUCAGGAGGUCCAGGCAAUAGUGGACCAGGAGGUCCUAAUGUGGCGACGGCAGGGCCAAAUGGUGGUCCCAAUGUUGGGCCAGGCCUUAUGAAUAAUCCUCAAGUUCCAGGGGGUGGUCCGAAUGUGGGUCCAGGACCUAAUAGUGGCGGACCAAUGAAUUCGAUGGGUGGCCCCGGAGGUAAUGGUCCCAAUGGGCCGGGUCCAAAUGUGCCCGUAAUGGGUGGUCCUAAUGGUCCGAUGGGCGGCAUGGGCCCUGGUGGUAUGGGCGGUGCCGGUGGACCGGGUCAAAUGAUGUCGGCAGGCGGUAUGAAUCCAAAUGCUGGUCCCAAUCCGGCCAUGAUGAUGGGUCCAGGCGGUCCCAAUGGUCCACCAAUGAAUAUGAAUCAAGCUAAAUUCCUGCAACAACAACAAAUGAUGCGUGCUCAAGCUAUGCAACAGCAUGGUAUGGGUGGUGCAAGACCACCGCCACCGGAAUAUAAGGCGACACAGGCGCAGCUAAUGCAGGCACAGAUGAUGCAGCAGACGGUGGGAGGUGGUGGACGUUUCCCGAAUGCGGCAGCGCAGGCGGCGGCAAUGCGACGAAUGACACAGCAACCAAUACCGCCAUCGGGUCCCAUGAUGCGUCCUCAACACUCUAUGUAUAUGCAACAUUCCGCUGGAGGACCACGUUCUGCCAUGGGUCCUUAUGGUGGUCCAAUGGGACCUGGAGGUCCUCAACGGCCACCUAAUGUACAAGUCUCGCCGGAUGGUAUGCCUGUGGGUUCACAACAAGAAUGGCGACACAUGAUGAUGCAACAACAACAAAUGGGUUUCUCAGGUGGUCCCGGCCCCGGAGGACCAAUGCGACAAGGAGCGGGAGGUUUCAAUGGUGGAUUCAUGGGUAGUGCGGGCGGUGGCCCUAUGCCCAAUGGUCCCAACGGCGGUGCUGGCGGUAUGGGCGGCCCCAAUCCCGGCAUGCAACUAACACCCGCUCAAAUGCAACAGCAAAUGAUGCGUCAGCAGCAAAUGCAAAAUCAACAAAUGAUGGGCGGCGGUCCGAAUGCCAUGCAAAUGCAACAAAUGAUGCAACAGCAAUCCAUGCAGCAGCAGGGCGGUCCCGGUGGUCCUGGCGGUGGCAUGAUGACCCAGAUGCAAAUGACCAGCAUGCAUAUGUCACAAACGCAAAUUAGCAUGCAACAGCAACAACAGCAAUUUGUCCAACAAACCACCACCGCCACACAUCAACAGCAACAAAUGCUACAAAUGUCACAAGGCGGCGGCGGUGGACCGGGUGGUCCCAACGGUGCUGGUGGUGGUGGCGGCGGACCGGGUGGUCCCAACGGUCCCGGUAUUGGACCGGGCGGUCCCAACGGUAACAAUGUACUCUCUUCAACAUCUGCCACAGUAUCAUCCGUCUCCAGUGUGGUGGCCACAGCGAACAGCGCCAAUAGCAUGAAUCAAGGCAUUAAUUCGGUGGUUGGCAACUCGAAUGAUUUGUGUCUCGAAUUUUUAGAUAAUUUACCCGUUGAUGGUGGUAAUUUCUCAACACAAGAUUUAAUCAAUUCACUAGAUAAUGAUAAUUUUAAUAUACAAGACAUUUUGCAAUAGACAUAUUAAACCAACAACCUUAUUAUACAUAAAUACAUUUAAUCACAUAGACACACACACCCGCAUACAUCUACAUUAACAUUUGAAAAAAUGAAAAAAGGAAAAAGAAACAAAUUUUGAAAUUAAGAAAAAAAUGCCACAAA